AUGGACAACGAGAUCCCUCUUCCACCACCGCGGCGCAUCCGGCACCGAUCGCCCGCGCGUGCAAAUGCAAGCGGCUCCCCCUCCACCUCGCUUGCAUCGUCAUUUCGCAAAGCAGGUCGGCUUUCUCGCUUUGACGACCGCUCCAGCCAGCCAUCCAGUGACCCCGCACUAUUCUCAAGUGACGAUAUUCCUGCAUCGGGAUUGGAGAACUAUAAUGCACCGGCGAUGGGCGCGGGGCGGAAGAGGCGUUACCGGGGGACAUGGUGGGGGGAACAGAUGAUUGAUCCGAAGAGAAAAAGGGCAGAUUUUAAGGAGAAGCGGAAUUUUGAUAGUGGUGUUUGGAUGGGCAGUGAUGAAUCGGGUGUGGAAUCACUUUUACCGUCUGAAGAUGGUCCUUGGGGAGAAGACCUCCUAAAGACGGUGCUUGACCCGAAGGCCUCUGGAAAAUCUGCUCAGGGUCCCCUGCUGUUGCUUCCAAGUGAAAAGGCUACGUCGUCAAUUCUUCCCUUGCCUAUCUUGAAGGGCCCGAAUGAGUCCCAGGAACACCGGUUUGCAAGGUCUGUGGUUAACGAUUGUCUGGAGAAGGGAGAGGAUGUUGUUGAUCUUGGGUAUGAUUCUUCCUGUCAACCGAAUUCCCAAAAGAAAUCGCCUUUUCUCUGGUUAAAUAUUGACAAGGUGUCUAGAAAUAUCAACUUAAUGAGUAUCCCAUCAGGUCUGCUUCGACCUCUACACCAUCUGACGAAGCUGCCCUCCGUGGAAGUGGCUCCUCUAUCUGAGAAUAUCUAUUCUUCUUUGCAGCCUUUCCUCAGUAUCUACCUCCCGGGAAACUCCCUGAGUCAGCUCCAUCAUGAGUUGUUUGAGUUGAGUGGCUUAAAAGUCCUUAGCGUCAGGAACAACGAACUUGUCGAAAUCCCCUACGCAAUCCAGAAAUUGAAAGCAUUGGAGGUUCUGAACGUGUCUGUCAACAGACUCACUUAUCUGCCAUGGGAGCUUCUACAUAUAAUCAAACUUGGUGAACUGAAACACUUGACCGUGUAUCCGAAUCCGUUCCCUUCAAUCGAAGAAGCCACCGUCGCCAAAUGGCAUCGCGAGCCUGAAGAGAAGACCCAAGAUCAGCCUUAUGACGAAUACGAAUCAGAAGAAGAUGAAACCGCACCAAUCCUUGAAACCCCUCGGUUUGAUAAAUACGAAGGAUCCCCUGCACCUAGUGCCUGGACCGUCAUUCAUGUAGCUACAGGACCAACGACACGACUCGACACGGAAGGUCGACCCAUGGCGACCCCAGCCUCGAGAAUGAUCAUACCAUCAUCAGAGCGAAUUUCCGCCACCCCCUCUUUACGUGAAGUUGCACUCCGAGCCGUAUGCAAACUUCCAGAUCUUGAGCACGUCACCGAUGAAGAACUGGCAGAAUUUCCUACCAUGGUAAUCCCAUUGAUGCAGCGGGCCAAGAAGAUCCGUGCGGCAGGUGGUCAGCAAUGCUCUGUAUGCCACAAAGAGUACAUAAUUCCUCGAACAGAAUGGCUUGAGUGGUGGGAUUGUACUCCACAUGAGAACGGCCUGAAGCGAGCGCGGGCUUCAGGUGAAAAACUUCGUCCGUUACCUUUCAAACGAUAUGGCUGCAGUUGGUUCUGUGUUCCAUGA